AUGGGCACUAGAAAUGCAAAAACAGGAGGUAAAGAAAAAGCAAAGAAGGGCCAUCCAAGGGCGAGGGAAAAUAUAAUGAUGUAUACCUCGAUGGCUGGUUUUCUUUCUUUUUUCUUCCCUUCCUCUUUUAUGGGUAUCCAGCAGCAAGUGUGUGGCAGGUAUUCCAGAUCGUGGGGAUACACACAUAAUGGAGAGUUAUUCCUUGCUUUUUCCUGCUUCUUCUUCUUCUUCGUCUACGUCUUCUUUCUUUUUUGCAAAUAUGAUGAUGGUUUGGCCGGGAUAUUUGCAAAGCGUUCUCCAGAUAUAAGUAAGACCCGGCCCACCAGCCCAGGGCCCAGCAGGCGUAAGGGUUGCGAUGUGGAUGUGCUGGAUGCCGCGAAGGUUCACCUCUGUCUGCUUGUCUGCUACCCUUCCGCUCCUCUGCUGUCCUCCCACCCCCCCUUCUCCCUCUGCCAGGGCCAAUCAAGGGCAUGGGAGACCCAGAAGCGAGCAACGACAAUGGGAAAAAGAAAGCAGGCCGAAAGAAGCGCAGUCGAAGCACUUGCUGGAGCAACAGUAACGAGUGUAUAA